CCAAUUUUUUGGAGUGUUGUACUGGGAUUCAGCGGGAUGGGAAAAUCACCAGCACACAUGAAGAUUUUAUGAUGUCUGGACAGAGCAGAGAUGGAGAUAAAAGCUAUGAUUGAAAGUCAAGCUGCGAAUGAAGAUGCAACUCCAAAUGACAUCGAGAAAAAGAAGAUCAAGUUUCACCUGUCCGGUAAACCCUUUGAAAAGAUGUUCGACUCUCUGCUUGAAUGCAUGAACCCUGAACUUGUUGCACUUGAAGAUGAGUUAGGGACAAUAUUUGAUAAAAUGGACUUACACAAAUCAUCAUSAUCAGGAGCAGGUGGCCUGGACAGAACAACGACUGCUGUAGGAUGGAUAGGAAAAGUGUUGACGGUGAUUGAAAUCACGAUGAAGGCCAAAAUUCUCAUGACGAUUGUGAUGAUGGCAAUAUUAGUGAUAAUGUUGAUGAUCAUGAUGAUGGUAAUGACGUUGAUGAUAACGGUUCCUAUGAAGUUCAAGGGUGCUGUUUUCAUCAAAACAGUUCCAGGUCGAGAGCAGGCAGCACACAUUAUAAACAUUUUGAGUCAACACUUCAAUGUGACACUCCAAAAUUGGGUUGGUCAGCAAAACACAUUUCUGUAUGAAGCAAAUGCAGGUUUCUCAACAACAGUUCACAAUGACCGAGAAGAUCUUACAAGGUUUUUGACAGUAGAGGAGCAGGGAAAAGACAUUUUGAGGCACAAACACACAGACCGUAACAUUUUGAACCAACAAAGAUUUGAGGAGGCAUAUUUGCGCAGGAGGGUGUCAAUCUUUCUUCAAGAUCACUGUGUACACUUGAUAGAUCACAUAAACUUUGAUGUUGAGAAUGUUGACAAGAUACUCUCAGAGGUUCAAGAUUCUUUCUGGUUUCAUCUUCUUGAAGAGGCACAUGCUCACCCUGCAAGUUGUGACGAAGAUCUGUGCGGCCGGUAUUGUCAGAUUGACGGGCACUUCAAAGUUUGUCGAGCAAGGUGUCAAGUGAAGGAUGUUCAAUUAUAUCAUACUGCAAUUGGCAAAGUGGUCAAAGGAUGCCCAGAGACACCAGUCCAAGGAGGGAAACUGUGUGUUGCACAUUUGAACGAGAGGAAGAACGCAGCAAAGAACAAUAAUCAUCGAGGAGAGAGUUCUACAUCAAACGAGCUUCUUGCACGAACAGAGGAACUAAUUGCUUCACGCACUCGUCUGCAAUUUUCAACACGAAUGGCAGACGCAGAAUGCAUCAUCAAAUCUGAAAUUUUCGCAAAGAAAAAUUGGUACCUUGUUAAAUGGAAAUCGCAACCAUAUUCAAACUCGAUAUGGUGCCCGGAGGAAGAUUUUGUUGGCAAACAUGCAGAAGAAAUCAUGAAGCGUUUCAAGGAUGCAGAAUUACCUAUGGACUUUUAUGAAGACAUUCAAAUAGAGGAAGACAAGCUUGAGGAUGUAGCAGAACGGCAGAGAGCAUCAGGGCUACAUAGGAUGACAUGCACAUCACGGAAACUUGAUGAGGAAAAGCAGAACACUUGUGGAUCAGUGCACUGUUUUUGGGCUUGUGGCUUCAUGUUUCCUCCAAUGGAAAUGAUUCUUGCUGAAUCAUGUACACAGGUGUAUCACUAUCUUUUGACGCUCUUUGCAAACCAUCCAUUCCCGGAGUUCAUUGGUUACGAUGACAUGUGUCAUUUUCUCCGAUUUCCGUUGAAUGAAAAGCGAAGGAAUGUGACACUGAAGACAACAGAAUUUACAGAUGUGCAAAAGAUUCAUCAUCUUGUGGACCGUUUCCACUUCAAGAAGAACCAUAUUGGACACUGGUGCAAAAGCAAUGUCAAUCCUACAAAAUACAAAGAGUUGACUGAUGCCAACAUGUCCAUUUGUGAGCAAAGGUUCAAAUGGUUCGCCAAGUUCAAGCACAUUACGAGGAAAAUGAACAAGGAUAGAUUCAAUUUCUUGCUCCUUGUAAUAUGCCAAAUAGACCACGAGAAAAAAAGCAACAACAAUUUUCAAAAGAUUAAAGAUCGGCGACCAUUCAAAAGACUAAAGCUUCCGCUUUCUUCAUAAACUCUUUGGUUGUGAAAACAGUUUGUACUUGGGUUGAAAGUACAUGCGGCCAGCCAAGGCAUCUUCAGGAGAGAGAGGAGGAGUCAGUGAUCCCAUUGCUAUCUAGCUUCCUACUAGUGCCCGAGCAUUUGCAUUUGUUGACGGGGAACUCAGGAAAUGGAGAGAAUAACAGAGUGCACAAGAAUGCCAUGGACUGUGGAAUGGAUGCAACCGAUGCAUGUGCCGAGGUCAUUCUCAACGGCUUGAGAGCACUUCCACUCUUAUGUCUCUUGGCAAUUAAUAUGGAUCACUCGAGCUUGUUGAUUGCAGUCGUCAAUUUACUUCGCCGCAACUAUUUCGGACUACUGAUGUGGCUUCCAAUUGUCUGCCGCCACUUUACGUUCUCGGACCUCAUCAGCAGGCUCCUAACGGCAUCACGUCAGCACUUGGUCCUGGGGAUUUUUUUUGUCCAUGACCCAGAUGGAGAAUGAUGCUCAGCUUCUACAUUAUGUACACCAGAGUGAAUAGCUUACACCAG